GUCAGAGAUAAAUUCUGCUCAUAUCACAUACGACACUCAAUUCACUUCUCAUCUAUAAUCUAUUCUAAUAUAACUUUUUCCUGAAGUGACAUGGAAAAACUCAUUCAACUGAUUUUACUUUCUGGUCUUGUUUCCAUUCAGGGCAACGUAGGCACUUCAAAAGAAAAUGUAGCACUUAAAGGAACAGUUACACAGUCCUCCACACAUCUCAACGCCUGGGUAGCUCAACGUGCCAUAUAUGGUUUAAUAGAUAAAGACACAUUCUGCUCCGUUACAUUACAUGAAAUGAACUCAUGGUGGAGGCUGGAUCUUCUGAGUGAAUAUGAGAUUGGCACAGUGAUCAUCACUAACAGAGGAGACGGUUGGGCUGAACAAACCAGUGGAGCCGAGAUUCGUAUUGGAAACUCACUGGACAACAAUGGAAACAAUAAUCCCAUAUGUGUUGUUAUUCCUGAUCUUCAAGUCGGCACAUCGAUUAUUUUCUCAUGUAAUGGGAUGGUGGGACGUUAUGUGAAUGUGGUCAUGCCUACAGCUCGGAAUCUCUCUCUGUGUGAGGUGGAGGUCUAUGGAACAGAGAAUUUUGCAUGGGAAGGAACGACUACACUCUCAUCUACCUUAUCCACCAACUACACAGCUGCGAAAGCCAUAGAUGGUGUAAGAUAUGGACCUGGUUUAGCAUCCUGCUCUGUUGCGACAUUUCAAAGUAACCCGUGGUGGAGUUUGGAUCUUCUGAAUGAAUAUGAGAUCAGUACAGUGAUCAUCAGUAACAGAGGAAUCUGCUGUGCUGAACAUACCAACGGAGCAGAAAUUCGUAUUGGAAACUCAAUUGAAAACAAUGGAAACAACAAUCCCAUAUGUGCUGUAAUUCCUGAGCUUUUAGUCAAAUCUACUGUCAGUUUCUCGUGUAUUGGAAUGAAGGGACGUUAUGUGAAUGUGCUCAUGCCUACAUUUCAGCGUCUCGCUCUUUGUGAGGUGGAGGUGUACGGAACAGAGAAUUUGGCAUUGAAAGGAACGGCUACACUCUCAUCUACUUACUCCACAAAUGUAGCUGCAAACGCCAUAGAUGGUCAAAGAUAUAGACUUGAUAUCGCCCCUACCUGCUCACUUACAUCAUCUGAAAUGAACCCGUGGUGGAGUUUGGAUCUUCUGGAUGAUUAUGAGAUCACUACAGUGAUCAUCAGUAACAGAAGAGACGGUUUUACUGAACAAACCAGUGGAGCAGAGAUUCGUAUUGGGGACUCUUUUGAAAACAAUGGAAACAACAAUCCCAUAUGUGCUGUAAUUCCUGGUCUUCAAGUUCGUUCUACUGUCAGUUUCUCGUGUUAUGGGAUGGUGGGACGUUAUGUGAACGUGGUCAUGUCUGGACGUAUAUCUCCUUUGUCUCUGUGUGAGGUGGAGGUUCAUGGAGCAGGUAAAUUGGAUUUGUUUCAUGAAAUUGUUUAUAUUAAAAAAACCUUUCUGAGGCUGAAGUUUUCCUCCAGUGGUGAUGUAGCGGCUGAGAGCGACAAAAUCCUCCAUCAGCUCCAGUCUGCUCUGGGAUUGAACAUCUCUGAUUUUAAACUGUCCUGGACACAACUACCCAAGAAAGAAAAGAAAGAAGAGGAACAGAUGGAGGACGGAGGCGAGUACACACACUUUAACACACUGUCUACAGUACACGUCGACAUUGACCAAGCUGUCGCUAGCCAGGGAGUGCUAUUAGGACGUAAGCAGCAGGAGGUAUCUGAGAUUCGUCUUGGCCUCUCUACUCUCUCCCAACAACUCGCUGUAAUCGCCCAGCACCUGGACCAGACCCGUGCUAUUUCAGCGGCAGCUUCUGCUAGUACAGCACCGGUUGAGACGGACGCAGUCUCUUCCCGCCGACCGGAGCCUCGCCUCAAUCCUCCAGUUCCCUACGCCGCGGAUCGGGUGCUUGACAAGAUCUAUUCGCUGGAGCUUCCCCCGACGCUUGAUGGGAUGAUACAGCUUGCCCUCCAGGUUGAUUUUCGUCUGGGACUCGAUUCUCAGCGACACGUCCUUCAGUGGAGGGGAGUGAGCCACUCGGUGAUUGCCCUCAUUGACUCUGGAGCGGAGGGUGACUUUAUUGACAUUGAGCUGGCUAAGAGGUGGAAGAUUCCCGGGAUUCCUCUCACUCAGUUCAUUGCGGUUGAGACGCUCUGUGGUACGCCUCUCACCAACAUUUCCUCCACCACUGAGCCGGAGGAACCUGUAGACCUUACGGGGGUACCUAGGGUCUAUCAUGAUCUGAGAGCGGUUUUUAGUAAGUCUCGAGUGACAUCUCUACCACCGCACCGCCCGUACGACUGUGCGAUUGACCUUUUACCUGGCACUUCUCCACCUAAGGGUUGCCUUUACCCUCUUUCUGGUCCUGAGAGGGAGGCCAUGGAAAGGUAUAUGGCUGAUUCUUUGUUAUUCGGCAUUAUUCGUUCUUCUUCGGCUGGGGCAGGGUUUUUCUUCGUGGAGAAGAAGGAUGGUUCCCUUCGCCCCUGCAUUGAUUACCGGGGGUUGAACGACAUCACGGUCAAGAAUAGCCAUUGGUCAGGAUAA